CCUCAACCCUUCUUGCAACGUUCUCAAUUCAAUCGGGGUAACGAUAAUGGCAACACGUAUUCUCAUUACCUGCAAAUCGCAUACAGUCCCUGGUGCAGACAAAGAUAAAGCUACAUUUCUUACUAAUCAAGCCUGUCAAAUGGUUUUCGCUCGAGACUUUAAUGAGACUCUUGGCGAUCGUUUUGUAAUGGAGGGAGAAUUUUCGUUUGGUGUUCGGUGCUCCCUACUUGUUGAUAAUGGUCCAGUGGAUAGUACAGACUAUGCAAUCUCAUUUUUCAGAUGGAACGGGGCAGAGCUUGUCCGCUAUCCAUUGCCGCCAUACGCCGCUAGAAAACUAGAGGAGAGGUAUCAAUUUAACCCUGCCAAUAGACCUCAAAGCAUCUCCUACACAGAUGAAGAGUUUGAGAAAACAUUUGGCUCCGAAAAGUACAAUGAACUUGUCAAGGGUAAGGAAGAGAGACGGGACAUUGCAAGAAGAUUUGGUCAUAACUAGCGACUAAUCAAGUAUGGCGUUAAUACGAUCAGUUGGAAAGGAGCAUCAUCUUUAGAUGAGUCUUUGUCCCACCUGGAAUGACAACAAAAGUCCUUGAACUUGGACUUGGACUUGGACUUCGAUUUGGACUUCACUCUCCAUUGGGGAGUCCGGUAGCGAUGCAGAGAGAGGGGUUGAGGAAUAUUUUGAGGACUUGUGAAGAGGAGGGUGUGGAUGGGGGUUGCCUGGGGUAUUUUGCGGGGUUGGUGGAGAG